CCAGGUCUGCGUCAACAUGAAGUGCCUGAUUAUUGUCUGUGCCAUCGGAUUAGCUGCGGCAUCCAGGCUUCAAGGUUAUAGCCUGCCAGGGCCAGGAAGCGGAGGCUUCACCCAUGGUCAUUCGGGGACAUUUAGUCAGGGGACAUCCUUUGGUCAAGGAAGUUCUUCCUUUGGACAAGGAAUAUCGUCGGGAAGUACUUCCUUUGGCCAAGGAAUUUCGUCGGGAAGUACAUCCCUUGGACAGGGAAUUUCGUCGGGAAGUACUUCCUUUGGCCAAGGAAUUUCGUCGGGAAGUACAUCCUUUGGACAGGGAAUUUCGUCGGGAAGUACUUCCUUUGGACAAGGAAUUUCGUCGGGAAGUACUUCCUUUGGACAAGGAAUUUCGUCGGGAAGUACUUCCUUUGGACCUUCAUCUGGAACGACCAUCGGCCACGGAACUUCUUCGGGAGUAAACUUCGGAAUAACCCAAGGUUCUUGCGGAGGUGGACAGGUGCGCCAUGUGGAUGGAAGGUGUGUGACGCCUCGUGUGAACCGUCGCGUCUUUCUCUACGACGUUCCUUCCAACGUGCAGACAAGCGGCCCUGUCAACAUCCCCGAACCUCGCGUCGAGACUAACGUCCUCUUGAUCCGCACACCCGAAGGAGGCCUCGGGCCGCAACCCGUGGUCAUUCCUCCGCCCAGGCAGCAGCACGUGGUGUACGUUCUCAACAAGCAGAGCAGCCAAGACCAGCGGGUGAUCGAGGUACCCUCUUCUGGCCCUUCAACCCCUGAGGUUUACUUCGUCAACUACGCGGACGGAGAGAACCCAACCCUUCCGAGCGGGGUGGACCUCCAAACUGCCCUUCAGUCAGCAAGCCAAGGCGCAGUUCAAGACGUCGGCUCAGCCAUCUCGUCAGGCCAGUCCAGCUCCUUCAGCAGCAGUCAGUCCUUCGACUCGGGAACUCAGGUGUUUGAUUCAGGCUCAUCCUUUGUGAGCCAGCCCUCUGGCUUGUACACACAACCUUGA